UAACACUACUGUAAACCUACAAUGACGAUAAACUACGUGGUAAUGACGGAGCUACCAUCAAGCUUGCACUCCCCACAUCAAAAGCAGCCGAUAUUUCUCUCUCAAGACCUGGUAUAUCCAUGAUCAUGACCAUGAAUCUCCUCCAAGAUGAACACAUCCGUCACCAUCCACCACGGCCCCUCUGAAACGAUCCCACCCACCGCAUCCCCCGGCCUCCUCUUCCUCCAACGCUUCCUCCCCGCCGCCGACUCCCUCGACCCAAAGAACCACAGCAUUCGCCCCUUCUUCACCCCAGACGCCCCCAUCCUCAUCGGCAGCAACCCCCCAACAACAGCCUCGGACGCCGUGCCCCUCCUCCAAGUCCGCGGCCGCCAUAUCGCCCACUUCCAUCACGACGUCCACCUCGCCUGGGACAUGGACCUAGCCCGAGAAAGAGCCGCUAAAGAUGCCACUACCACUAUGCCCUCGACAGUCUCCCGGGACGAAAACUCCCUCUACGCACCGCUUGCCAGCGGCGUUCGGCUUAAACGCACGGUCAUGUUCGAGGCUACCUCGGAAACGAUCUUCAAGAAUGAUCCGGACCAGUUCCCGGUGAAGGUACGGGAGUUUAAUAUCCUUGAUUUGGAGGGGAGUAGUCCAGACGACUUGCAGAUCGUGGAGAUGAGGGUUUUUCUGGAUUCGAGGCCCGUACAGGCUCGCGCUGCGAGGUUGCAGACGGAGUCUGCUUUUGGGGGUGGGGCCACGCAGGAGGCGCCCGCUUAGAGGAGGUUUUUAUGGAGGGGAUAGGUGGGUAUAUCCUUCACA